AUGGCUGGCGCGUGGGAGACGGAAGACGAGUAUGCUGCGGCAGCAGCAGCUUCCCUUCCCACCCCAACGGAUACGCCCUAUAGAACCCCUUCACGCGGCUCCAGGCGAUCAUCACGGCAGAAAUCGGUCUCUCCAGGGCCAUCCUCGUCACCUCCCCCUCCUCCACCCGGUGAAAAGAAUCGAAGAAAUUCCAAGGAUGUGACGAAUGAUGAAAGCAUCUCAAUUCUCGAUCCCCGACGCUUCACCCCCACACUACAUGCCAACUUAGUCUCCGAAAUUUUGGCGCUCCGUAGGGAUCAGGAGGAGAAGACGAAGUUGAUCGAGAAUUUGGAGUCCGAAUUGCAUAACACAAGAGGAGAACACGAGCAAUUGGAAGCAACUCUUGUCGUCACUGCCAAGGAAAGUCGCUCGUUGAAGCGUCAAUUGGCUUUGCUGGAAGGAGGAACAUCAUCCGCUCUCUCAGAACUUGCGAGGGAACGUGACGAAGCUGUCGAUCUCAACACCGAAAUCAAACGGCGUUUAGAGACUGCCCAAAAGAAGAUUCGAAGCCAGGAAGAGGACUCGGACCGUGUCCACGAGCAGUGGGCUCGGGACAAGGACAAUUGGGAGGAGGAAAAAAGAAAAUAUGAGCGCAAAAUUCAUGUGACAGAGGGUCGUCUGAAGACUGUCCUGGAAGAAGUCGCUGCAUACCAAGCCAGCCACCUAAAUGGCCACGAGGAACACCAGGCCGAGGAUAUUUCCCGAGAUCCAGUCCAUGGGAAUGGUAGCGAUGCUGGGAGCAUUCGGACAAUGAGCAUGACAAAUAGUAUUCGAUUUUCGAUGCUGAACGGUCCAAAUGGAUAUGGAGGAACGAAGCUCAAUGGUGUGAGCCUUGCAGACGAGCUGGACCUCGAUGAUGAAGAGGAUCAAACUGAUCAUGAUCGCCCCGAGAGCGUCCUCUCUUUCCUGCAUAACAGAAAUCAGAGCCGUGAGAGUGUAAUGUCGAAGCACCACCGCCGCAACCAGAGCAUCGAAAGCCUCAUGCGGCCGGGCAGUGUGGCACGUGGUCGAAUGUUGGCCAACCAAGCAGUUCUCGAAAGACUCGAGGGCGGCAUCAUGGAGGAUGAUGAGACUCCGGUUUUGACUUCGAAAGUCGAAUAUGUUGAUGCCGGUAUCCAGUUUUCGCCUCCGCCAUCGCCCAAAUUGGAAGCAACUGAUGUACCCUCGGCGAUCGAGCCAAUGCCAGUCAAUGGCUCGGUCCAUGCUGGAAAGAUCGAGCGACAACAAUUUGAGACUGCUCCUCGAGAGUGGGAGAUCGAGGCUAAUCAACGAAGAAAACGCGUACAUGCUAAUCCCCCUCUGAUAAUUGAGCCACCAACGACUUCGAUGGUGUCUGCAGCAUCUCAAACCUUGGAAGAUCCUUUGAGUCCUCCCAGGACUCCUAUAUCACCAACCAGGGCCCCCCCUCCACCACCUUUUAUAGAUAUCCGAGAAAUGAUAUCAAUUUCCACGCAAACCGAUGUCGUUCCCGAGCUGCAGUCACCCAAACGAGCCGCACCCCCUCCGCCCAUCCCAAUUCCAUCAAUUCAGUUACACCCGCCCAAUUCCGCUCCCGCAACCCCGAAAGAACCCCUACUACCUCAGCACUUCAAAGAUGCGGGUUGCCAGGUUUCCAUGCAGGUACCCAUCCCUUCAAGGUCAAUCUCCGUGCAAACAGAGGAGAUCCGUGUCGCCCAGCGAAUCAAUUUACUCCCACCACAUCUUCAACCUUCUGCAAUAUCGUCCAAGCCCCCCUCCCCCGAACCAACGGCUGAGGAAGUCAAACGAUUCUCCCCUAUCCCCGGUAACCUGCCGCCUCGAAAUCCCAGACGGGUGAAGAGUCGGCAGAGUUUGGAGCAAGAGAUUCCGUCAUCUCCACCUCAAAUGCCAACAAGUGAUACUCAAGAUGCUUAUCCUGGUAACAAUGACGAUGGGCCAUUGGCGAAGGGUAAAGGCUCCAUCAGGCGUCCUCAUCGAAUCAGCAGCUUAUUUGCUGGAUUUGACAAUGGUAGUUCUGACGAUGCUGAGGAUUUCGCUGAUGCGGAUCUGAGCGACAAUGAUUACAGGACACCACUGUCGGCACCAAAGCCUCCUGCUCCACGGAAGACCACUAGACGCAUUUCAUCAGGACCAACAUCGGUUCCCGAGCAUGUGGAACUUUCCGAAAUCUCGAGACCCUUGCCAGGGAAGACCUCGAUGAGGAACAUGCAUGAGGCAAACGGCGAGUACACCUUGCCGGAAGUGCAAUCACUGCCGCCAAGAGGUCAAAUGAAGUCUGCCGUCCGUCAACUUGACAAGCCACUCACACUUGUCACAAACAAUAGUAAACCCAAUGGCAUACGCCGUGCUGCCAUCAUACAAAGUGGUGUUGCCGCUCACCAGGGCCGUCCUCGAAGCCCCAGCUUGCCAGAUCUAGUGAAGGAGCCUCCAUUCCCAAUUCCAACCAGAGCGAGUUCAAGAAGACCUCCAAUCAGUGCUAGUGCCCCUAGUGACGGCAACAGGAGCCCAACCUGGGGACGCGGAUCAGGAAGAGGUCAUUAUCGAGCAAACAGUAUCCGAAAGGUCAGAUCUGCGGCUGCAAUUGGUCGAGGUGGUCGAGCUUCUCGUCGCCGCGGCAGUCGAUCGCCGCCACCAAUGUCGGCAUCCACUGAAGCUCCCGAGAGUCCCCAACUCCCUCCUAUGCCCAGCAAUGAGAUCACCACUCCCGGAUACAUGAAAGAGACUGGGAGCAGCCGAUACAAGACCCAUCACAGACAACAGCCAUCAGGGAAUACUGCCAAUACAACCAAUACUGGCAGUGGAUCGGUUGGAAGCAACACCAACGCAACGAGUGUUGUGGAUGCUAUUGCUCAAACCAUGGUUGGCGAGUGGAUGUUCAAGUAUGUCAGACGACGGAAGUCGUUUGGUGUUGCUGAUUCCAACGGUAUGGACGGUGAUAAUGCCAACGGUGUUCGCCACAAGCGCUGGGUCUGGUUGGCACCCUAUGAGAGAGCUGUGAUGUGGAGCAGCAAGCAGCCAACAUCUGGGUCCGCCUUGAUGGGGAAAUCGGGUCGAAAACUGACCAUCCAAUCCGUCUUGGAUGUCAAGGAUGACAAUCCCCCUCCCAAAGGCUCAGCACCCCUCUUCAAUCGAUCUAUCUUGAUCUUGACUCCCGCACGCGCUCUCAAAUUCACAGCCACCUCUCCAGAACGCCACUACAUCUGGCUGACAGCCCUCUCCUUCCUCGCCCACUCAUCCCAAGCCGUCCCUGAAAUCGUCCAAGCCCCUCUCCCAAUCCCACAACCCACCAUCCCGGACUUUGAGAUCAGACAACCAAACCGUCUCCGCAAGAACGGAAUCAGAGACUCCAUCCGCGUGGCAAAAGGGAAGACUGCAGCAGCACGAUCAGGACCAACAAGUGUGCACUCCGGCCAAGAUCAAUCCAUCCGUGAAGUCGAGUCCUUCUACUCAGCUCAGACCGACAGCCAUCGUGACAUUGCAGCCGAUCCCCCAAUCGUGCCACGCUUCUCAGAACGCGGUCAUGGCCCACCAUUGCCCCCAAUGCAUGGUCGAAAACGCAGCAACACCGGCUCACGCGUUCCGCCUCCUCUAUCAUUCCGCGGAUUCUCUGGUCCAGCAUCCAGCGGUCACGCACCAACAUCCAGUACAGCGGGCUUGAGCGUAGGAACCACAGGCUCAUCCGAUAUCUACAACCAAUCCCAGCCUUCAUCGUCGAUCGCUGGGUAUAACGCGAUGUCCGUCUCUGGUCGCUCAUCAAUCCGUACUUCAGACGCGAGCAAUCGCCCUGGAGCCGUAGUGAACAACUUCUUCGACGCCGUUGGGACGGUCAGAAUGGAAGCCUUCAUCAGCCCCUUGGGAAUGUCCCGUUUCGACGACUUCCCAGAUGAACAAGACGAGAUGGAUUUCGUUGGCAUGCAAAGACGACGGAGUCGAGAGCGAAGGAGGCGAAGCAGGAACCGGGAUAGUUAUUACUCGUCGCGUGGUAGACCGAGCGAUGAUUUCUUUGGCACUGCUGGAAGCAGAACGGAGGGUGAGGGGGAGUACGCCCAGUUUGAAAGCGGGCAUUUCGGUCAUGAUCCGUUUCGAGGAUUCUGA